AACACAAACAAACAUUCAUAUACAUUUCAAAACGAAGACGAAGAAAAAAAUGUUAAAUCUCCUGAGUAAAACCUUGUCAAGCUUGUUGGAAGAUUUUUCCUUCAAGUAUUUAGUAUUUUUGGCUAUAUUCCUCAUACUGAUAUACAGAUGGUUCUCCAGAUCCACAAACUCAUCACCACCUUCUCCACCAAAGCUCCCUGUCAUUGGAAACCUCCACCAACUAGGCCCGCACAUUCAUCGCUCACUGAACUCCUUAGCUCAACGUCAUGGACCUCUCAUGCUGCUCCAUUUUGGAAGCGUACCAGUCCUUGUGGUCUCUUCGGAUGAUGCUGCCUGCGAGAUCAUGAAAACCCAUGAUAUCACAUUCGCCAACAGACCCAAGAACAUCUUCUUUAAGAAGGUUUGCUACAAUUUCAAAGACGUGGCCACGGCACCUUAUGGGGAGUAUUGGAGGCAGGUGAAAAGUAUAUGUGUUUUAAAUCUCUUAAGUAACAAAAGGGUUCGCUCUUUUCGUAUUGUGAGAGAAGAAGAAACCGAAUCCUUGAUCACCAAGAUAAGGCAGUCGUCAACAUCAACAUCAUCAGUUGUGAAUUUAAGCGAAAUGCUUGCGACGCUUACUAAUGAUGUGGUGUGUAGAGUGGCAAUGGGGUCGAAAUACUGUGAUCGCGGCGAACGUGGAAAGGUGUUUAAGGAACUUACUUCGGAGUUGUCAAUCUUGAUGUCACGUAUCCAUAUUGGAGACUAUAUUCCAUGGCUUGCUUGGGUCAGCCGUCUCAAUGGUUUGGACGCCAAGUUCGACAAUCUGGCUAAACGGUUCGAUGAAUUUCUUGAAAUGGUCGUUCAAGAGCAUAUAGGUGAUGCUCUUAUCAAGAACAAGGACCAAAAGGAUCUUGUGGACAUUUUGCUUUGCAUGCAGAAAGAAAGAGGGGAUGAUUCUCUUAUUGAUGGAGUUAGCAUAAAGGCUAUUAUCUUGGACAUGUUUGCGGCUGGCACCGAAACCUCAUUCACACUCAUAGAAUGGACGAUGUCUGAGCUUUUAAGACAUCCAAAGAUCAUGGAAAAACUUCAGAAUGAGGUAAGGGGAAUUGUCGGCAACAAAACGGACAUAAUUACAGAGGGUGAUUUGGUUGGGAUGCACUACUUGAAAGCCGUGAUCAAGGAAACUCUUCGCCUGCAUCCUCCAAUACCAUUACUACUUCCCAGGAUGUCGUCUCAAGAUGCAACGAUAAACGGUUACAGCAUUAAAGCCAACACACAUGUUAUUGUGAAUGCCUGGCAGAUUGGAAGAGAUCCAAAGUCAUACAACAACCCGGAAGAGUACGAACCAGAAAGGUUCUUGAAUAGUACACUAGAUUAUAAAGGAAAUGACUUCCACUACAUUCCAUUUGGAGCUGGCAGACGGGGCUGCCCAGGAAUCCAGUUUGCCAUGGCUGUCCAAGAGAUUGCUUUGGCAAAUUUAAUGCACAAGUUUGAUUGGGCACUGCCUAAUGCUGCAAGAGGGGAGGACUUAGACAUGACUGAGUCCACUGGAGCAAGCGUUUGUAGAGUAUAUCCUCUUAAAGUCGUUGCUCUUCCAUAUUCGGGCUAAUGUAGUAUUGGAGAAACCAACACAAUCAUCUGUACUGGAAUAUUUCAUAUUUUAUUUAACAAUUCUGUAGAAAUUUGGUUUAA